CUCCGGGGCGGGGCGAGCCGUCCGCUAGCGCCAUGGCCGCCCUGCGAGCUCUUCUGCCCCUCGGCCGCCGCCAGCUGCUGCGUGGCCCUGUGGUGCGGUGCUUCGCGUCGGGUGCUAACUUUGAGUACAUCAUCACAGAAAAAAGGGGGAAGAACAACACCGUGGGGUUGAUCCAGCUGAACCGCCCAAAAGCACUCAAUGCUCUUUGCAACGGCCUGAUUGAAGAGCUCAACCAGGCACUGGUGGCCUUUGAGGAUGACCCAGCUGUGGGGGCCAUUGUCCUCACUGGUGGAGAUAAGGCAUUUGCAGCUGGAGCUGACAUCAAGGAAAUGCAGAACCGGACAUUCCAGGACUGUUACUCUGGCAAGUUCUUGAGCCACUGGGACGAGCUCACCCGUGUCAGGAAGCCAGUCAUUGCUGCUGUCAAUGGCUAUGCGCUGGGUGGAGGCUGUGAGCUUGCCAUGAUGUGUGACAUCAUCUAUGCCGGUGAGAAGGCCCAGUUUGGACAGCCGGAAAUCCUCUUAGGAACCAUCCCAGGAGCGGGUGGCACUCAGAGGCUGACUCGCGCCGUCGGGAAGUCCCUGGCAAUGGAGAUGGUCCUCACCGGUGACCGGAUCUCAGCCCAGGAGGCCAAGCAAGCAGGUCUUGUAAGCAAGAUUUUUCCUGUGGAGACGCUGGUGGAAGAAGCCAUCCAGUGUGCAGAAAAAAUUGCCAGCAAUUCUAAAGUUAUAGCAGCAAUGGCCAAAGAGUCAGUGAAUGCAGCUUUUGAAAUGACUUUGACAGAAGGGAAUAAGCUAGAGAAGAAACUCUUUUAUUCAACCUUUGCCACGGAUGACCGGAAAGAGGGGAUGGCUGCAUUUGUGGAAAAGAGAAAGGCCAACUUCAGAGACCAUUGAGAGCUGCUUCUGUGGCCUCGCUUCUCUGUGUGGAGGAAAAGUGGCUGUCAGUUUGGGAAGGACGUUAAUUGUCCUCUCAAAGAACAGUGUCACUUGUCACUUCUUUGCGGCUACUGUGGGGCACAGCUGGCCAACCUCAUCCAGCCACUGUGAGGGUUUGGUCUGGAGAGUGUUAGCACUCCAAGCGGAGCAUAUUCUAAAUCAGAAGUCUUGUCUUCUGUGCAACACACUCUGCCCAACCAGGAGGGGGCUUGCAGUCCUCACCAUGUGCAGCAGUGGCCUUGGCUACCCCUAGGGAGUCCUGCGCUCUGCUGACUUUAAACAGAUGCUUUGUCGAUUAAAGUGACCACUUCCAAUCACA